AUUUAAUUCUGUAAUUUAAGUACAUUUUAAAAAUGAGCACAAUAUCCUAAUUUAAACCAACCUUAAUCAAACUUGAAACAAUCAUUCAUUAGUUGGAAAAGAGUUUGGGAGUUGAACAUAAACCAUCCCCAUUUGCUGAAUUCAUUCAACUUAAUACCAAAUAAGAAAAUGAAGCAAAUCCAAAGCAAAAGGAAUAGCCUGAGAAAAAGGCAGAAUAACCUCAAAAGAAGGAAUAAACUGAAUAAAAGGAAAAGUAACCCUAAAAAGAAAAAAAACCAUAAUAAUAAUAAUAACCAUAAGGAGGUAAAAAGGCCCCAGCUCCAGCUCCUUAAGAUCUUGGACCCUUUACAGAUUUUGUGAACGUAGAUAUAAGAGUUGGUGAAUUAAAGAAAGUUUGGAAGCAUGAAGAAUCUGAUAAAUUAUAUUGUGAAGAAAUUGAUAUCGGAGGUGAAAUCAGAUAGAUUGCUUCAGGAUUAUAAUAAUUCGUACCUAUUGAAGAGAUGACUGGAUAAGUCUUAGUGUUAGUGAAUCUCAAAGGUAGAAAAUUAGCAGGAUUUAUGUCUAAUGGUAUGGUGUUAUGUGCAUCUGAUGCUACUCACACAAAGGUGGAAUUGAUGAGACCAGCUCCUGGAAGCAAAGUAGGUGAGAGAGUCAAGGUCUAAGGAAAUGAAGCCAUUUUCAAGGAUGAAAGAGAAGAAGUCUUGAAUCCAAAGAAGGGACAAUGGGAAAAGGUGGCACCACUUUUAAAGACAAAUGGAAAUCUUUAAGCAGUCUUUGAUGGCCAUCUUUUGACAACCUCCUAAGGUCCAAUUGUUAGCAAAACAUUAGCUAAUUCAAAUAUUUCUUGAGAAAUAUGUAUAUUAAAAAGAAGAUUAGAUUUAUAAUAAUUAA